UCCGCGCCCCCCCCUUCACUGGCCUCUGAUGUAAACAGGAAGAGUCUUAGACACGUUAGUGUUGAGAUUUUCAGAUGAUUAGCGCGCUAGCUAAUGGAGUUUGUUGCUAGAAUUAAACACAAGGGGCCUUAACAUCCCAUAAAAUCACCUACACAUGCGAGCAAGAUGGACGACAUCAAUUUACACUACAGGAUCCUGAACUGGAGGCGACGGAUCCGAGAAAUAAGGGAAGUGCGUGCGGUACGCUAUCAGGAGCGCUACAAGCGCAUGCUGAAGGACGGAGACACUUUGAGUUACCAAGGGAACUCUGAUGAAGUUGGCUGCUAUGUGGCUCCGCGACCUUUAUCAAAAGGAAACUGUUACUUUGAGGUGACCAUAAUGGACACUGGUGUCAGAGGGACGAUCGCCGUGGGUCUGGUCCCUCAGUUUUAUAAGCUGGAUCAUCAGCCCGGCUGGUUGCCUCACUCCAUCGCGUACCAUGCUGACGAUGGGAAACUGUAUAAUGGCAACCCUGUCGGCCAGCAGUUCGGCCCCAAGUGCAACCGUGGCGAUCGGAUAGGCUGCGGGAUCCACGCAGACACUUUCGACGCCGGACUCACCACUGUGUUUUUCACCAAGAACGGCAAAGAGGUGGGCUCAGUGGUGGUACCGGUGGCCCCUGGCGGCCUUUUUCCUGCCAUCGGCAUGCACUCUCUGGGGGAAGAGGUGCGUUUGAACCUGCAGGCCGAAUGGGGCACGGACGAGGAGGACAGCAUCAUGAUGGUGGACAGCCACGAGGACGAAUGGGGACGACUCUAUGACGUCCGAGUCUGCGGAACGCUGCUGGAGUAUGUAGGAAAGGGAAAGAGCAUCAUGGACGUGGGACUCGCUCAGGCUCGCCAGCCGCUCUGCACACGGAGCCACUACUUUGAGGUAGAGAUUGUGGACCCUGGAGAGAAAUGCUACAUUGCACUGGGCCUCGCUCGAAGAGACUACCCUAAGAACAGACAUCCAGGCUGGAGCCGAGGCUCAGUAGCGUAUCACGCAGAUGAUGGGAAGAUCUUCCACGGCAGCGGGGUUGGAGAUCCGUUCGGCCCACGUUGCUUUGAGGGGGACAUCAUGGGCUGUGGGAUCAUGUUCCCUCGUGACUAUGAAGACGAGGUCGAUGAAGGAGAGGAUCUAGCCGAGAAUCCUAAACAAAACCGUGUUCAAAACGUACUGUACCAAAACGACGAGGAUGAGGAGGAGGAAGGAGACGACGCCGAGCAAGAGCAGGAAGGCAGAAAGGUUAUGGUGUUCUUCACCCGCAACGGGAAAAUCAUCGGGAGGAGGGAAGUGGUGGUGCCGGCAGGAGGAUUCUACCCCACCGUUGGCAUGCUGAGCAGCGGAGAGAAGGUGAAAGUGGAUCUCCACCCUCUCAGCGGCUGACGGACGGAGACGGAGGCAGAAUCGCCAGAAUCGACAGUUCAGCUGUUCAACUGUGAGCCUGUAGCAUCAUAAACGGUUUAAAAGGGAAUCAGGGAACAUUAUGGCUGCAAACUGAUUUUCUUUUUCUUAUUCAUGGGUAUGUACACUGUGGACAGUGGGUGGAAGUAGGUAGUUUAUUUUUUUCAAUUGCCAUGGAACCAAAAACAGCAAUGCAUGAUUUUCACUCACGCUGGAAUAUCGAUGCAUAUCUUACUAUAUCUUUAGGUCGUUCUGUCCUUGAGGGGCCGAGCUGUAUUCGGGAUUCUCUUUCGUCGAUGGUUCUGUGCGUAACCAUUUUGAGCAGCUGUAUUCAGAGUUGAGCAGAGUGUGAGAAUGCGUGUGUGUGUGUGUGUGUGUGUGUGUGUGUGUGGGGAAAGCAUUGAAUACUGAAACUGCGUACACUCGUAUAGUGAUAUGGACUUAAGGGCUACUCAGACGGUUACAAUGUUCUGUAUUAGCUAGCAGCUAUCCACACUUUGUACUCAAGGGCUUUUCUCUCAGCUGUAAAUCCAGCUACGUUGUAUGGCAAAUUUUUGUCAAUAAUUUCAUAUUGGCAAUAUUAUAUAGAUACUUCGGAAUGAUGCAUAUAAAAAAAACAACGACUACGGAAUGUCGUUUGAGGCUAAUAAUCGGUGUCUGAAUAUGACCUCGUAAAAUGAGACUUGUAUAAUUACAGAUCUGUUCCCAAAUACUUACAUUUUAUUGAAAUCUCAAAUCAGGGGUGGACAAUUUAAGGCAGGGAUCCUCAAAUCUGGCCCACGAGAUCCACUUUCUUGCAGAGUUUAACCUUAACCGAACACACCUGAGCAUGCUAAUCAGUGUCUUCAGGAUCAUUAGAAAAUCACAGGUAGAGGAGUUUGAUCAGGGUUGGAGCUAAACUCCACGGUGGGUUGUUCCUCCAGGGAAAGAUUUCAGGAACCCUGAUUUAAAGCACGUCUUAGUAGAAUUUCUAAAAGUGCUGCCCAGUAACUAUUUGAAUAGAUGAGGCUAAAAAGUGGCAAGCUAGUCAGCUAGGGAAGUGCAUUAACACAGAGACUAAUGAGUAUAAAAUUCCCAGCAGAGAGAAUGAUGUCACAUUGGUGACCUUGACAAAAAAGGUCAAAGGUUAUCUGCUAUCUUUCAUAAUGUUUACCCAUGAGGCGACUCCGCAGUAAUCCUCAAGUCAAUCGAAUCUCUUAAGGUAGAAAAGUCCUUUUCAUCAUACAUUACAGCAUAGAGAAAUUCUUUCUUCACAUAUCCCAUCCUUGGAGGUUGGGGUCAGAGCACAGGGUCAGCCAUGAUACAGCACCCCUAGAAUAGGGAGGGUUAAGGGCCUUGCCCAACAGUGGCAGCUUGGCAGUGUUGGGGCUCGAACCCCUGAUCUUCCGGUCAACGACCCAGAGCCUUAACCACUUGAGCCACCACCAUCCCGUGUUUGUCGCUUGUAGGCCUGCGCUGUUUAUUUUUUUGCUGUAAUGAGAAACGUUAGUAGCUGUAUAUGGCUUCUAAUCCUCACUAGUUAAACACAAACUAAUGAUUCACUAAUCAGAGCGAUUUACAUACUUGCUUUAAUAUAUGAGCCUCAUGGCAGAUUAGUGAAGCUACCUGUAGGAGCUACAUACACUCACCAGAGGCACCAGUGAUCACUGACAUCAUUUCAAGCUUCAUUUCCCUCUGUAACUUCUCUAUACUUAACCGAGACACGAGAAUACAUGGA